CCAGUUUGAGUUUUUUUUUCUCUUUCCUUUUUUCCUUUUUUUGUUUGUUCGAGAAAAUAGCUACCAACGAGAGAGAGAGAGAGAAUGACAAGGAAUCAGAAAAUGGAUAUUUGAAUUUCCCAAAAGCUUCGAUCUUUGCAAGCUUUCAAAUUCUUCAGAUGAUUUCGGUGAGCAGCAGCGAUGCUAGAAACGAAAUAGGGUUAGGGUUUGGUGGAGGAAUUGAGGAAGAAGACAUGGAGAUGGAUGAAGAUGAGGAAGAGGAAAGCACACAUUCUUAUGUCUCUUGCGUUGACCCUGACGUUGCUCUCUCCUAUAUUGAUGAGAAGCUAGAGAACGUGUUAGGACAUUUUCAAAAGGAUUUUGAAGGUGGAGUCUCUGCUGAAAAUUUGGGUGCAAAGUAUGGUGGCUAUGGUUCGUUUCUGUCUAUGUAUCAAAGAUCUCCUGCUUGUAAGAGUCCACCACAAGCUCAAAACCAAGUGGUGGGUCAAUCUAAGUGCUCAGAUUCACCUUCAAAAGCUGGUUCCACUUCAAAACCUCCUCCUGCUUCUGAUGUUCUGGCCAAGAUGAAAAACUUGGUCAAAUCAAGUAAUGAUAGCAAACAAAAACCUGUCACCAAAACGUCUCCUUCUCCUUCUUCUUCUUGUGCUCCAUCUAAUCAUAAGACACUCAAACUCCGUAUCAAAGUUGGUUCAAAAAGUGACCUCUCUCUGAAAAAUGUUACAACCUAUGAUGGUAAACAAGGCCUCAAUAUGAUGCCACCAUCAGAAGUUGAAGAAGGGUUACUGAUUGGGACUCAUGAUUCGCCGACUAAAAUUCUUAUGGCUAUGGUGUCCUUCCCUUUUCAUAAAGACCAGCUGUUAUCACCUCUCUCUGAUGAUCUCAUUCAGUUGGGAAAGAAAGGAAACAUCAUGAAAGAUGCACUAAGGUGUGUGAAGAAGGAAAAGUUAAAGUAUAUGCCUCCACCGUCAAACAGGCUUGAUGGAAGUCAUAUUGUAUCUGAUACUGAUAGAGAGGUUGAUAAAGAGUCAUGCGAGGAGCUUGUUUCCAAGACUAUGAAGCUUCCUCUUCUGUCCUGUCUAUCACCGUCAUCUAUCCACAGGGCAAAAGAGAUUGAUAAGAUAUCAGAUUCUUAUGUGGAGGGUACAUUAAGAGGAAUGAACAACACUGACCUGGAUUCAGCUUUGAUGGGUUCAAAGCCUGAACUGGAAGAUGAUGUAGUAGCGUUUCCAGAUCAAAGUGUUGAGGGAACUGAAAGUGUUAACACAAGAAAAGACAUGGAAGAAGGUGAACAUGUAGAUCCUGUGGUGAAGGUUAGUAAGACAUGGAAUGAAGAGCAAAUGUUGAAGCCAAAACUUCCUAAAGCACAGAAGUCCCGGAAAAGUUCAAGCAGGAAUGGUUUGAGAGGCAAGGAUGCUGCUGUAAAUGUAGUUAAUACGAAUGUACCAGAUAAAUUGCAAGAAGAUAUUGGUGAUUCAGGAGAAUCAAAAGAACAAGAACAAAGUAGUCUGGUUCCUAAAGCUAAGGAAGAAAAGCUUUCAGAAGAAAGUGCAGUGAAGGAGAGUUUCAACGGUGUUAGAAAUGUUGAAGAGGCAUGGAAGUGUGAACCAGAUUCGAAGCAUCCUAUCAAGUGGAGUGACUUAAAUAAAGAUGGGAACAACACUAAGGAGAGUGUUAGAUCAGAAGUGACAAAUAAGCAUUCUGUUGAAGGAGGAAUGAAGAAUGUGAUGGAACCUGAAAGAGAACUUUCUGGGACUUGUAAGAAACCAAAGACUGGAAAAUCAAGAUUUUCUGCUGUAGACCAACCUGGAUCCAAUAGAACUAUGAAGGAUGUUGGUAAGGCUUCCCCUCAUGAAGACAGAAAGAGGAAACAGAAGGAAAAUAAAGAAAGUGGAGAUUGUAUGAGAGAAGCCGCAGUAAUGGAGCCAAGUGGAGAGAAAGUUAGAAAGCAAAAGAGGCUUAAGGGUUCAAGUUGUGAAGGAAAAGAGUUGCCUGAGAGUUGUGAUAGGUACAGAGUAGUUACUCAGGAAAAUGGUAGAGAUAGUGCUUCUCAUCAACCUUUGGUCCAUGAAGCCAAACGUUCACUAGUUGACUCACUAGCUCCUUCAGCCUUAGACCCACCUGAGCUCAAAUCAGAAAGAAUCUCAGAGCGGGAUAAACCCAAUGAUACUGACUCUAGUGCUGGUGAUACGCGAAAAAGAUGCAGAGAUGGUGAAGGUUAUAUCACUAUGGAUAAACCAGGGACAACAAAGAAGGCUGCAGAAAGUUUGAGGGACAACAAAGAAGGUUAUUGCACAGAGAGUGAACCUCAACAAGAAAAGGCAAAAGAAAGCAGAAACAAGAAAAGACCUGCUAGAAAAGUGUCUAUGGAGAGUAACAAAGAGGACUCAUCAAGGGAACAUCAAGAUCCUAUUAAUAAGCUAGAAAAUACAAAUAGUACAAAGACAAAGGUUAUGCGACAUGAUGAUCAUGUUGGCUCAAGCCCUUUGAAAAAGGAAAUUACGAGUCAGGCUGCAUCCAACUCAAUCAAAGAGGCUACAGACUUGAAACACAUAGCUGAUCGUCUUAAGAAUGCUGGGAACAAUCACGAGAGCAUUGGUUUUUACUUUCAGGCGGCGCUUAAGUUUCUUCAUGGUGCGUCCCUUUUGGAGUCCUCUGGCACUGAGAAUGCUACACAUAAGAGCAUUGUCACAUCCAAGCAUAUCUAUGGCAGCACAGCAAAACUUUGCAAGUUCUGUGCACAUGAAUAUGAGAAAGAUAAAGAUAUGGGGGCUGCUGCUUUGGCUUAUAAAUGUAUGGAAGUAGCUUAUCUAAGGAUAACUUAUUCCUCCCAUGGGAACAUAAACCGAUAUAAAUCUGAGUUGGAAGCAUCUCUGCAAGUGAUUCCUUCAGGUGAAUCUCCUUCCUUUGCUUCUGAUGGUGAAAACCCAAACAAGACAUUGGCAGCAGAGAAGGUUGCCUUGUCCACCCCUGUGAGGUCAUCCCCUAAAGUAACUGGAAACCAUGUUCUCUCUUCAGGAAACCAUUCCUCUCUUUCACAACUUUUGACUUUUUCGCAAAACGUAAGCCUUGCAAUGGAUGCAUCAAGAAAAGCACAGACCGCCUUUGCAGUUGCAAAGGGAAAAUCAUCUGACACCAGAUACAGUAGCAAUGGCAUAACAUGCAUCAAAAGGGCUCUUGAUUUCAGUUUCCAGGACAUGGAGAAGCUGGUGCAUGCGGUGAGGCUUGCAAUGGAAUCCAUAAACCGAUGAUUGUGAAUUAUGAUCUCACCUUUGUACAAGUAUCAUAGGGCCAUACUCAGAGCGGAGAAGAGAAAGGAAAGCUACCUUUGAGUUUUGCUUGGGGAAUUGUAGACUAUAUAAACUUAUUUUACUGCGCAAGUGUAUAGUGUUAGGACCUUAUUUGUGAGAGACUUGACGAAGAUUUGAAGUUAUCAUCAUGUGUUGUUCAUAUAUAUAUCCCUUGUAGUAUCAGAGAACUUUAGGAAGAGGUUAACAAGAACUGGAACUAAAUUACUCAACCAUUGUAGCAACUCUUUCUAUCUAUUCGUUUUAUUCACAUUUUAUAUGAGGCUAUUAUCAAGA